CUCCUGAGAUUUAAGCGAGAGCCUGGGCAGGUCGGAGACCGGGCGCCGGGCCGAGAAGGAGCAAGCCAAGCAGGAGGCGGAGAAGGAAGGCGAGGGUGGGGAGCGCCGCCGGGAGCGCGGCAGGUCAGAUUGAACAUUCCAGAUACCUAUCAUUACUUGAUGCCGUUGAUAAAAUCAGGAUGGCUUUGAACUCAGGGUCACCGCCAGGUGUUGGACCUUACUAUGAAAACCAUGGAUACCAACCGGAAAACCCUUAUCGCGCACAGCCCACUGUGGCUCCCAGUGUCUACAUGGUGUAUCCGGCUCAGCACUACCCGUCCCCGCUACCCCAGUACGCCCCGAGGGUCCUGACACACGCUUCCAACCCUGUCGUCAGCACGCAGCCCAAAUCCCCAUCGGGAAGAGUGUGCAGCUCAAAGACUAAGAAAGUGCUGUGUAUCACCUUGGCCCUGGGGACCGUCCUCGCAGGAGCUGCGCUGGCCGCUGGCCUGGUCUGGAAGUUCAUGGAGAGCAAGUGCUCCGUCUCUGAGAUAGAGUGCGGCUCCUCAGGCACCUGCGUCAGCCCCUCUAACUGGUGCGACGGCGUGUCCCACUGCCCCAGCGGGGAGGACGAGAACCGGUGUGUUCGCCUCUACGGACCAAACUUCAUCCUUCAGGUGUACUCAUCUCAGAGGAGGUCCUGGCACCCUGUGUGCCAAGAUGACUGGAACGAGAACUACGGGCGGGCGGCCUGCAGGGACAUGGGCUACAAGAACAGUUUUUACUCUAGCCAAGGAAUAGUGGAUGACAGCGGGGCCACAAGCUUUAUGAAACUGAACAUGAGUGCCGGCAAAGUUGAUAUCUACAAAAAACUCUACCACAGUGAUGCCUGUUUUUCAAAAGCAGUGGUUUCUUUGCGCUGUAUAGCCUGCGGGGUCACCUCGAACUCAAGCCGCCAGAGCAGGAUCGUGGGUGGUGUGAGAGCACCCAAGGGGGCGUGGCCCUGGCAGGUCAGCCUGCACGUCCAGAACGUCCACGUGUGUGGAGGCUCCAUCAUCACCCCUGAGUGGAUUGUGACGGCCGCCCACUGCGUGGAAAAACCUCUUAACAACCCGCGGCACUGGACAGCAUUUGUGGGGAUUUUGAGCCAGUCUCUCAUGUUCUACGGAAGUGGACACCGAGUAGAAAAAGUGAUUUCUCAUCCAAGUUACGACUCCCAGACCAAGAACAAUGACAUUGCACUGAUGAAACUGCAGGCGCCUCUGACUUUUAGCGACGCAGUAAAACCAGUGUGUCUGCCCAACCCAGGCAUGAAUCUGGAUCCGGAGCAGCCCUGCUGGAUUUCUGGGUGGGGGGCCACUGAGGAGAAAGGGAAGACCUCAGAUGUGCUGAAUGCUGCCAUGGUGCCUCUCAUUGACCCGCAGAGAUGCAACAGCAGAUACAUCUACAACAACCUGAUCACGCCAGCCAUGAUCUGUGCCGGCUUCCUGAAGGGGACUGUCGAUUCCUGCCAGGGUGACAGUGGAGGCCCUCUGGUCACUUUGAAGAACAGUGUCUGGUGGCUGAUCGGGGAUACCAGCUGGGGAUCUGGCUGUGCCAAGGCUUACAGACCAGGAGUGUACGGGAACGUGACGGUAUUCACGGACUGGAUUUACCAACAAAUGAGGGCAGACGGCUAAUCCACAUCAUGUUCGUCCCCGACGUGGUUCUGCAAGAAAACAAAGGGGCCGGUUUGGCUUCCCCAUGCAUGAUUUACUCUUCGAGAUGAUUCAGAGGUCACUUCAUUUUUGUUAAUCAGCAGUGUGUCUGGCUUUGGCACUCUCUGCCAGUCUGUGCAGGCUGCAGUGGCUCCCCUGCCCGGCCUGCUCUUCCUAACUCCUUGUGCACAAGGGGUGAUGGCCAGCUGGCUGUGGGCAUGGCAGCAAAGUGUGGAGGAGAGGGGUGGAGUCUGCCCCACUGGGAUCUUCCUUCGGAAUCCUUUCCAGUGGCUGUUGCCUCUCAGCUGCCGGACAGCUUGACACGGAAAAGGAAAUACAUGGAAAGGGAAGCAGCCAGUUGGCACCUGCAGCGGCUGCCCUCUGGGACCACUUGGGUAGCGCCCCCCAGCCUCGCUCUCCACAAGGGACUUUUGCUGAUUGGUUCUUAGUGCCUUAGCAGCCCCAGAUGGUGGCCCGAAAUAAAGGGACCAGCCCUUCAUGGGUGGUGACGUGGUAGUCACUUGUAAGGGGAACAGAAACCUCUUUGUUCUUACCAGGUGAGAGUAUAGAUAGUGUCUUCCCUUGGUGCAAGGGAAGCAAUUGCAAAGGUACUUGCCCUGAGCACUCCUGGUGCAGGUCUCCACUUGCACCUCCAGCGGGGCGCCUCCUCAUCCUCCCCAACCCUGCUCUCACCACCCUGGAGAUUGCACAUGCCCCUUGGUCCUGGCAGGAUGCCAAGUCUGGCAUCAUGUUGGCCUCUUUAGGCCUGCUAGUCACUGGAAAUUGAGGUCCAUGGGGGAAAUCCAGGAUGUUCAGUUUAAGGUACACUGUUUCAAUGGUAUGUUUCUACACAUUGCUACCUCAGUGCUCCUGGAAUCUUAGUGUUUGAUGUCCCCAAUUAGUUCACCUACAUUAAACUCUUUGAAACUGUAUCAUCCUUGCCAAGUAUGAGCAGUGGCCUGUUUGAGCUGCUUUGACAAAAUGACUCCUGACUUAAUGUUCCAUAAAUGAAUGUGCUGAAGGAAAGUGCCCAUGGCGACAGUGAAGAAGAGAAAUGUGUUUUGUUUUGGACUCUCCGUGGUCCCUUCCAAUGCCAUGGGUGUCCAACCAGGGGAAGGGUCCCUCUUGCAUUGCCAAGUGCCGUAACCAUGAGCAUGACUCUACCAUGGUUCUGCCUCUUGGCCAAGCAGGCUGGUUUGCAAGAAUGAAAUGAGUGAUUCUACUGCUAGGACUUAACCUUGACAUGGAAGAUCAUGCGGGCCCAUCCUCAGGAUCUGUCUGUGCAUGUGCCUCUGCAGAGGGCAGCAUUCCCAGGUCCCUUGGAAACAGGUGGCAUCGUAGGUGCCUGCUCCCCAAGACACAUUCUAAAAAGCGUUGUAAUGGUGAAAAGUCUUCCUUCUUUAUUGCCCCUUUUUAUUUAUGUGACCAACCGUUUGUCUUUUUUGUAUCUUUUUUAAACUGUAAAGUUCAAUUAUGAAAAUGAAUAUCAUGCAAAUAAAUUAUGCAAUUUUUUCCAAAUAAUUACUCGGGGUUCUGCCGGGCGAGCAGGACCAGCCUGUGUUUUCUUGGAAGAGGGUGAUGUUGAGGGUGCUGGUCAAAGGAACAAGGUGAGGCCAGGCCGGGCUUGACACACAUCUGGUUGGUGCCCUCAGUUCCUGCAGCCUGUCCUAUUGGAGAGGUCCCUCGAAUGACUCAUUAUUAUUGUAUUAGCCUGUUUCCAUGCUCCUAAUAAAGACAUACCUGAGAUUGUGCAAUUUA